AUGCCUCUUUGUGCUGUACCAGGAUGCGCUAACCCCGGUGUACAUUUAUUUCCCAAAGAUCCAACAUUAAAAAAAAAGUGGGAAAAGGCUAUAAGACGCAAAUAUUUUGUAGCGACACAGCAUAGCAGGUUAUGUCGGAAUCAUUUCCAAGAAUCUGAUUAUGUGGGAGAAUCAGCCUACACAGGACAUCCUCAAAUAUGCAAAUUUCUGAAAAAGGGAACUGUACCAAGUAUAUUCCCUUGGUCCACCCAGGUGUCAACAACACCUACAUCAAGAACCAGUCGAUAUAUGAAAAGAGGCAGACGCAUAAUUGGUUUCAGACAACCAUCUGUAGAAGAAAGUAUUCCAGAACCAUCUUCUAGUGCUGAAAUUGAAAUAUCUUCUAUAGAGGGCUCCUUAGAAGAUUUUACUCAAAAAACUGUGUCUGUUGGCACUCAAUGUGGUAGUUCUUUCGGAAUCUUAUCACUAGAGGCCAUGAGAGGCAAUCCGCAGGCUAUUCAUUUUUAUACUGGGCUAGAAAAAUAUGAAAAAUUCAUGUUGGUGUUAGACACAUUAAGUCCCAUGUGUAAUAAUUUAAAUUACAGGGGAAGUAAAGUUAUCAAUGUUUGUAUUGGUGACCAACUGUUGAUAACACUAAUUAAGCUGAGAAGGUAUUUGCCAGAUUUUGAGUUGGCAUUUUUAUUUGGUAUUUCCCAAACUACUGUUGCUAACAUUUUUGUAACAUGGAUUAAUUUUAUGUAUGAAAUAUGGUCUUUAGUUAAUAUUUGGCCAAGUAAAGAAUUGGUUCAAUAUUAUAUGCCAGAGUCAUUUAAAAGGGGUUUUCCAAGUACAAGGAUUAUUGUGGACACAACUGAAAUACCCAUCACACGGCCUGGGAAUCCAGUAGCACAGCAGGUGACCUUCAGCAGUUACAAACACAAAAACACUGUGAAGGCUAUGAUUGGAGCAACACCUGGAGGUCUUAUAUCAUAUGUCUCUGAAUGUUAUGGAGGUUCAGUCAGUGAUAGACAGAUCAUAGAAAGAUCCAAACUAAUAAAUGUGUGUGACAGUGGGGAUUCAAUCAUGGCAGACAGAGGGUUUAAUGUGCAGGAUAUUUUUGCAUCAAGAGACAUUACUAUUAAUAUACCAAUGUUUUUGAAAGGAAAAACACAAUUACCAGGUGUUAGAAUAAUUCAGGAUCGAAAACUAGCAAGCAAACGAGUUCAUAUAGAGCGUAUAAUAGGUCUAGCUAAAUCAUAUAAGAUUUUAAAAAGUGAAUUGAGCCCUUAUCAUGUACCGCUAGCAUCUAGAAUUUUAUUUGUUUGUGCUAUGGCUUGUAAUUUUAGAGAAAGUAUCAUGAAAUAA